GUCCCGCUGAAUCUCGCGAUAUUUGCUGCGUAUAUAAAUCAACGUCUUCCCUUCAGUAGGUCUCUUUGAAUCGGAUUCGAGGCGAAAUGUCUCACCGAAAGUUUUCUGCUCCGCGUCACGGAUCGCUGGGCUUCUUGCCCCGCAAGAGGAGUCGUCGUCACCGGGGUAAGGCCAAGAGCUUCCCCAAGGAUGACCCCAGCAAGCCCGUGCACCUGACUGCCUUCCUGGGCUACAAGGCCGGCAUGACCCACAUCGUCCGCGAGGUCGACCGACCUGGCUCAAAGGUGAACAAGAAAGAAGUGGUUGAGGCCGUGACCAUCGUGGAGACUCCUCCCAUGAUCGUGGUCGGCGUUGUUGCUUACGUCAACACACCCCGUGGCCUGCGGUCCUUCAAGACCAUCUUCGCUGAGCACGUCAGUGACGAGUGCAAACGUCGCUUCUACAAGAACUGGUACAAGUCCAAGAAGAAGGCUUUCACCAAAUACUGCAAAAAAUGGCAGGACGACGAGGGCAAGAAGCAGCUGGACAAGGACUUCAAUGCCAUGAAGAAGUACUGCGAGGUCAUCCGCGUCAUCGCCCACACACAGAUGCGUCUGCUGCCCGUGAGGCAGAAGAAGUCUCACCUGAUGGAGGUGCAGCUGAACGGCGGCACUGCCUCCGACAAGGUUGACUGGGCCCGCGAGAAGCUGGAGCAGGCCGUGCCCAUCAACACCGUGUUCAGCCAGGACGAGAUGAUUGACGUUAUUGGCAUUACCAAGGGACACGGAUACAAGGGUGUGACCAGCCGUUGGCACACAAAGAAGCUCCCCCGCAAAACCCAUCGCGGUCUGCGUAAGGUGGCCUGUAUCGGAGCCUGGCAUCCUGCCCGCGUGGCCUUCUCCGUGGCCCGCGCUGGUCAGAAGGGUUACCACCAUCGUACAGAGAUCAACAAGAAGAUCUACAAGAUCGGUCAGGGCUUCCACACCAAGGAUGGGAAGCUGGUGAAGAACAACGCCUCCACGGAGUACGACCUGUCCAACAAGAGCAUCAACCCCCUGGGUGGAUUCGUCCACUAUGGCAAUGUGACCAAUGACUUUGUCAUGGUGAAGGGCUGUGUGGUGGGGACCAAGAAGAGGGUUCUGACUCUGCGCAAGUCUCUGCUGGUGCAGGCCAACCGUCGUGCGUUGGAGAAGAUCGACCUCAAGUUCAUCGACACCACCUCCAAGUUCGGUCACGGACGCUUCCAGACCUUCGAGGAGAAGAAGGCGUUCAUGGGACCACUCAAGAAGGACCGCGUCGUCAAGGAAGAGACCGCAUAAAUCCUCACGUUCAUGGGACCACUGGAGAAGGACCGCGUCGUCACGGGAGAGAGCGCUUAAAGUCCUCACGCGUCUCUGCAGUGUCGACUCCAUCACUGUUCUGCAGAGUUGUUUAAUAAAAAGACAAAAACCCAAAGA